AUGCAUCGCCAAUCCGUCGUGCGGCUGUCUCGCCAGCUCGGAGCAUUUCCGCUGGUCGAAUUGCCUCCCCCGUACCUCGCGCCGUCUCUCCAUUUCCCCCUGAACCGGUCGUCCGUCCAGACUUCGAACUUUUCGUCAACCGCCCCGGCAGCCGGCCAUGGGAAAGAUUUAAACAAGUCCCGUGCUGUGUCUGCGAUUCACCGAACCGGACCAAGGUUCAAGCUGGGAGCGUCAAAAUACCCACUGCCCAAACCUGUUUCUCCUGAGAAACUCGAGAAGCGUGAAAGCACGCCGGAUCAUGGACUCUGGGGAUUCUUCCCCAAGGAUCGUUCAGCAUUGAGCACUCCCGAAUAUGAUAACGCACAUGGUCGGUCUUGGUCGAUCCAAGAACUUCGCGAAAAGUCCUGGGAAGAUCUCCACAGCCUGUGGUGGGUUUGUCUCAAAGAAAAGAACCGUAUAGCCACCUCAAAUUUGGAGAGGAAGCGCCUAAAGGCAGGCUACGGAGAAUGGGAAGCCAACCAGCGGCUUCGCACUGUAUGAUUUCCUUAAGUCCUGAAAUAUGAUGAAAACUGACGGUGCCACAUAGAUUCGCGUCACGCAACUUAACAUUAAGCACGUUCUCCGAGAAAGGUGGUAUGCUUGGGAGGACGCUCAGAAUCUUUAUAAGAAAGGCUACCGACCUCAAAACGAGGAUACUGAGGAGUCAGCGUGAUGUUUCAGAGAUCAUUGCGUACCUUUCUGGACUUUCUCUUUUCUAAGACCUGUACUUUCUAUGUGUAGUUUUAGCAGCACAAAUAAUAUCUGUUUUGGAUAUUGCUC